UCGCUGUUUGCUGCUUCUGUCGCAUCGGUCAUCGUGCAUUUUGCUCUGUUUGCGUGUGCCUGCCUGCCUGCCUGCAUUUUGCUCAGCACUCGACGCGGUUUGGUGCUGCUCUUUUGUUUCGCAUUCGCGUUGAGAGCGCAGCACGAGCUUUGCCUUUGCUUCUUCUAAUGCGGCCCGACUUCAAGCCGAUGCCGAUGUCGAUGUCGAAGCCGUGCCGUGCCGUGGCCACCUUCAACUGCGCGACGAGUCUGUGGCAAACCCAACAAGGCACACGCACACACACCUACAUACAUAUACACCGGCCAUGCAAUUAUUCGCCGAUAAUUGAUGUCAAAGGACGCAGUUGUGCUCCGCGUCCGCUGUUGUCGCCGCCAUCGCCAACUCCAACGCCACCGACGCCGUCACCGUCACCGCCUUCGCCUCUGCCUUUACCUUUACCGGCUCUCCAGCUGUAG